CGUACACACAACUUUUAUAUGUCUUUAAGACCGAAGCGAUAUAAACAAACCAUAGAAUAUAGUUACAUGUGGCUCUCCUGCAUGCUCUGUAAAACUCGUCCUUUUCAUAAGUCUUCUUCUUCUUCUCUUCUUCUCUGUUUUGGUUUAGUGGCUGUCAUCUAAACAGAUAAUCUGAAAACAAAAUACGGUGAAAUUUCAGAAACUCUGGCCGACACAUCAGCGGUUUCGGCGGUGGUCGGCUCAAGAACUGCCUCCUCUUUUUCCGGCGUCAUUUAUCCCUUUUUAUUUAUCGGGUUGGUGCUUCCCAAGCUUCCAGUAGAUUACGGUUAAGCUUUAAUCUCCGACAAAAACAUAAAGAUGUUCAGCUGCUUUGCUGGAUUGAUCGGUAAAAAGAAAAACAAGAGGAAUCCAAAACCUACUCUGACACCAAGAACACAAAGAAUCCUUCAGAUCAGACGUGAAGAGCCAGUGAAGCCUCUAGAGAAGGACGAGCCUAACACCAACGUGAUCCACCACAAGUUCAUUGAUCACAAGGACAGCCCUAGGGAGCAAGACUCAUAUGAUGGUGAAGAUGAACGCGAUGAAAACGACUCUCCUAAAUUCCAAGUUCAAGAACAACCGGUUGCGUCUCCAAGUAAGGAGCUAGGUAAGGAAGUGACAGACUGUUCUGAAAAUGAACAUGAUGUUGAAGAAAGCGGCCACGUCAGCGAUCCUGGCUUAGGUAGAGCCACGUCUUGGGUGGCUUCACCUAAGCUCAAACGAUCUUGCUCCACUCUAAGCAAGUUCAACGGCGCUGAUCCUCGUGCUUUCCAUGACCCGAGAGAUAGCUUCGAGACCAAGUCAGUUAGGUCACAUAGAAGUGCAGAUGGAGUGAUGCUCAAGAAACAUUCAUCAAUGCAGAUACUUCCCUCAGGAAGCAGGAGGCUAUGGUGGAAACUCUUCCUCUGGAGUCAUAGGAACCUUCACAAACACCUUGUCUCCCUAAAGUCUUCAGGCAACAAUCACCAGUCUGGUUACACCUCUGACUUUGCUGAGCAAAGCCAAACUAGCCAUCAAGAUUCUGCAGACAACCACCAAUUUCAUAAGAAUCAGUGGGUAGCGUUCUCUGCGGAGUCCUCUUCGAUGAAACGAGUGGAUAAGUGGGUAAGAGGACUAGAUGUAGACACAGUGAUUCCAGUAAACGAGGAAGAGGACAAGCCCAGCUUCAUGGCUUCUUCUAAGAUGGUGAGAUCACCCUCAGGAAAUGUAAAUGACUCAGAGGCCAUAGUGCAUGCAAACAGCUUAAUCCAGUCCCUGAGCAAAUCCUCAAGCAUGGCUCACAUCUCGAGCAUAGGCUUGAAAGCUGUCCCAAGCAUCUCACAUUUCACCAGCCUCAAGUCCAUUGAUUUAUCCAACAACUUCAUAGUUCAAAUUACUCCUGCAUCGCUUCCAAAGGGCCUUCAUGCGUUGAACCUAUCCAAGAACAAGAUCAGUGUAAUCGAAGGACUGAGAGAACUGACACGCUUAAGAGUGCUUGAUCUUAGUUACAACCGUAUUUCUCGCAUUGGACAAGGUUUAUCAAACUUUACACUGAUCAAAGAACUAUACCUAGCUGGGAACAAGAUCAGCAACGUAGAAGGCUUAUUUGUUGAUUACAGACUUUUAGGAAGUUAUUCAAUUUUUGUUUUGCUUUUUUUUUCACUCCUACCCGGCUAACUUCUACCAAAGCCCACAUUAAAAUGCUAAACAAACAUGGCUAAGACUUAACCAGGUAAACAAAAGAAACUGAACCAAUUUUCUUUA